CUUGAGUGGAGUCGCCGACUUUAAGUGACUCUCCCGAUUGCCGCAGGAUGCCUGCCCAGACCCAGAUUGAUGUGGUGGUGGAUGGGCAAAGUAGUGAGUGCGCCCCGAGUGGGAUAACCAAAGGAGAAUGCAAUCACUGGUCAUAAACUACAGAGGUAAUCGUCAGGUAGCUUGCAGGUAGCCGGCCAACCUUGCCUCUUGCAUCAUUAGAAAACACUUACGGUAAAUCGGUUGCCAACUACCUAAACAUCCUUUAAAUGCCCCGCGGCCAUGUCUCAUCCAGCACAUUCCAAUCCCAGCUGCCAAGCAGUCAAGAUGUCCAACGUUAAACUUGUAUUCCUCAUUCUCAUCGUGGUCACGCUGCUUCUGCUGGUCGCAGCUCGGCCCAGGUCACGAUCUCCGAUCUAUAACGAGGUCACUUCCCUGCCGGUGGAGCGCGAUAGACUGAGCAACGAGCUGCUGGAGGAACAGAUCAGCCCAUGGCGGCGACAGGCCAAAAAGGACUUCUACAUGAAGCGGCACUCCUACAUCAAUCCCAAGAUGAUGCUCUCGCGCAGUCCCUUCCUCCAGAGUUUCUACGAUGUGCCAGAGCCGGACAUUGCUCCCGGCGGUGCCAACUACUUUGGUAACGAGGUGGUGCCGCUGUCCACCUACGAGAUCAUGGAACCAGAAUCCAUGUUCUAGAGGAAGCUCCCUCAAGGAUUUAAUAUAUAAGCUUAAAGAUAUUUUUUUGGAAUUUUGUGUGAAGUAAAUUUAAUUUAAUGCAAUUCAAAUAGUGAUAGGAUAUUUCUUUCUUUUAAAGAAAUACAAACAAAUCUUGUAAUACAAUAUUGUAUUGAAAUUUGCAACAAAAGAAUUUAAAAUU